CGGAAUAUCCAAAUAUUCGCACCCACACAUACACACGUAAAAUGUUGGAUGAUGAUAAUAACGACUUGCUGGCUGCAGCUUCAGAAAUACAACGCAAUCGCUUGUAUUUUGUCACAUUCAAGAAGAAUAUCAAACCAAAGAGCACACCCAACACACACUACUUCAGCAUAGAUGAAGAAUAUAUUUAUGAAAAUUUUUACAAUGAUUUUGGACCGUUAAAUAUUUGCAUGCUUUAUAGGUACUGCCAAAAACUAAAUUCCAAAUUGACCGCAAAAUGUCAUGCCAACAAAAAAAUCAUGCACUAUACAACGCUCAAUGCGUCGAAGCGUCUAAAUGCCGCCUAUUUGAUUGGUUCGUAUUCGAUCAUCUACCUAAACAAAUCACCGAUGGAUGCCUAUCGGCCGCUAGUCGCUGGCGACAUACCCGCCUACACACGUUUCUGUGAUGCCUCUUUUGGGCCAAGUGGUUAUAAAAUUUCCCUUAUCGAUUGUUUGAAUGCGGUGUAUAAGGCACUGAAAGCUGGUUUCUUCAGUUUCGAUGAUUUCGACGCUGAGGAAUAUGAAUAUUUCGAACGUGUUGAGAAUGGUGACUUCAAUUGGAUUGUACCGCAGAAAUUUAUCGCUUUCUGUGGACCACAUCAAAAGUCGAAAACACUGCCCAACGGUUAUCCAUGUCAUUCGCCCGAACGUUACUUUGAAUAUUUCCAUGAGAAUAAUGUGACCACUGUGAUACGUUUGAAUGCGAAAGUUUAUCAUGCGUCGAGUUUUGAAAAUGCCGGUUUCGAUCAUAAGGAUCUGUUUUUCAUCGAUGGUAGUACGCCGAGUGAUUUGAUAUUGAAGAAAUUCCUCUCCAUAUGCGAGAAUACCAAGGGUGCUAUAGCGGUGCAUUGUAAAGCUGGUCUUGGUCGCACUGGCAGCCUUAUAGGUGCCUACAUAAUGAAACAUUAUAAUUUCUCGGCGCUGGAAGCCAUAGCCUGGUUAAGACUGUGUCGACCAGGUUCCGUUAUUGGACAUCAACAACAGUGGAUGGAAGACAAACAAACGUGGCUUUGGGCUGAAGGCGAACGCAUGCGCAAACGUUCCGGCUCGCAUUGUCCCAUACACAAGUAUGGCAUAUACAGCAUCGCUCUGAAACAAGUACUCUCCACCGGCGGCGUACCGCAGCUGACGCAACCAAAAGAGAAUUGUGUUAAAGGCAUCUCACAGAAGGUGGACACAAUGCAUUUGCAUGAUAACGAGGAAAUAUCGACGAAUGGAAAUUUGAAGGCAGGUGUUUUGACGCGUGCGCGCUCACCCAUUACCGCCACUGCAAACAACUCGACCGCUAAUAAUACGUUAAUAACAACAACACCAACAAACACAAAUACAUUUGCAGCACAUAAUCGGCGUUCAAAGGAUAAAACCAAUUCGGCCGAUACUCGUAAUGCGAACGUAAGUAGCGCCAGCGAUGAAGAUGCCACUAUAACCGAAGAGAAUGGUGAUGAUGAGGACAAUACGGAUAAUUCGAAUGCAACAUAUAUUGCAACUACACGUCGCCGCAAAUCACCAACAAUACAUGUGGGCACCACUUUGGCCGCCGCAGCUGCUAAUUCGCUGGCCGAGAGUACCAAACCACCUACGCCGCCGGUGCGACGCACACCACCCAUCGCGGCGAGUGAAGGUAUGACUCGUGUGCUUCCUGCAGGUGGCAGCACGGCAGAGCCGCUUUAUGCUGAAAAGAAAUUGAAAAAACCCUGUAUAGGUUUGGAGGCGGCUCAGCGUCCGACUAUUGCAUCUACCGUUAAAAUGACACAGGCCGCCAUUGAUAAGCAAAACUCUCAGACACAGGGUGAUAAACUGAAUCAGAUAAAAGCUUUACGACGUCAACACCAACAGCAGACACACCAGCCAACAGCAGUGCAACAAUUGGCGCAACAACAGCAACAGCAACAGCAUCAGCCGAUGGGAACACAGCACAACUCACGCGGCAACAAUGGGAAUUCAUCAUACAACACCGAUUUCGAGCGUCAUCUACGUGCUCGCUCCCAACCUUUCCGCAACAACAUUGCCAAUAUAAUGCCGACGGCCACACAAGGAACUUCUGGCGAGGUAGACACUAUACCGCACGGAUUAAGAUCGGCAGAUUGUCAUGAGAUGGCCGCAGCGACAGCAGCAGCAGCGUCGGCGGCAGCCACAGCCGCAGCAGUGGCACACGAAGCAAUGAUGGCAGCGACAGCGGCGUUGAACAACAAAAAUAUUUACAAUUCAACACAUACGACAACAGUUACGGCAGGAAGUAGCGGUAUUGGUACUGGUGGCACACGUGGCGAGGGUGGUACAACGCUAACGGCGACAGCUACAACAACAGCAACCCUACCUGCUGGCGGUGGCAACGGUGUCGUUGGUGGUGGUGGUGGUGGUAGUGUGACAACGCGUGCGCGCAGUUUGGCUAUCUAUAGCAAGAGAAUGGGUUUUAUGCACUUACGCAAAGCGGAAACACAACAACAACAACAACAACAACAACAAUUGUCCAAUAACAAUAAUGACAACAGCACGACAGGCAACAGCAUCAACACGACAACAACAACUAGCGGUUGCGCUCUACCGCAACAUCAUCAUUAUCAUCAUCAGGCACAUCACCACGAUGUUACAGCGCCCACGCUGAGUAGCCUUAAUAAACAAACUAAAACUUACAACAACACGCUAAUCAGUUCGACAUCAAAUGUCUCAACGGUGGCGAGCUUAAAUGAGAGUAAAAUACCAGUGGUACGCGCAAGCGCGGCGCUCAACGACGUCACAAGCGGUGCCGCUGCAGGUGAUAUAGGCUCCUGUGCUACUAUACCACCUACGCGUGGCGCCGCCUCACGCGCGCCACAUCAUCACAUGACACUGCGCGGUCGUUCACGUAUACGUUAUCAUCGCACUGGCGCUGCACCAGCAGCGGUGGAAGCGCCUUGCGCUACUGUGACCGCGCGUUACUAUCGCGAUGCGUCGGCUAUACCGACAGCAACGGGCGCAUGUACGCCAAUAGAUUCUGGUGGUGGGGGUGGUGGUGGCGUCUGCGGCGGCGUUGGUGGUGGCGCGCGUUCAGUUUCGGCAACACUUGAUUUAAAUUCGAAUCCAUUACAAAGCGACGUCAGCGGCGCCACUGCUACCUCCUCUUAUGCACAUGCCAAAGUAACGCACUCGACUUCCUUACCAAAAUCGCAUAUGUAUUAUCAGCGUCAUCAUUACAACAAUAAAAAUAAUAGUUUUAGUAAUAACAACAACAAUAAUAAUAAUAAUAACAACAACAACAAUACGAAUAUACAAUUAAAUGACAAUUUACGUUCCACACCGCCUUUAGAUACAAACCGGCUGAAUAGCAACAUCGGACGCGGCAGUUUCGAUGCCGCGCUGUCAGCUGGCGCAAAUACAACAGCGACAUCAGCAGCUAUCCGCGCCUCACCCACUGGCAUACCAACGGGCAUAACGAAACGCAACAAACGUUCGCUCAGCAGUACGCGUCUCGAAAAGGACAAAUGCGAUGAAUAUAAUACGAAAUUGCUGCGUAAAGCAGCGAACAACAACAACAACAUGCAGAGUGGUGGCGCUAGUGGGAGCAACAGCAACAACGUUAAUCAGCAAUUAAGCUCCGGCGGCGCUGGCGUUGGCACUAGAUGUAGCGGCGGUGGUACUUCCGACUGCAUGACGAGCGGUAACAACAGAGCGGCAACAACAACUGGCGGCGGCAGUGGAUAUCGCACGCGUCAACAUUUAAGCAACGCUUCAACGGCUGUCAGCAACGCUAUGCUUGAGUCAUCCACAACCUCUUCGGCUUCAUCCGCCUCCACAUCGGGCAUACCCACACCGACGGCAGCGAAUGCAGCGCACGGCUUGUAUUUGCCGCGCGGCAGUGGUAGCCGUUAUGCAGCGGCCGCCGCUGUGUUAGCUGUCGAGCGUGAGCGCGAGACAACGCUGAAGUUGCGCAAGAAAAUCAGUUACUGAGUGCGGCGCAGGCGAAUUUAGUUGCAUUAUGAAAUUAAUUUCAAAUAACAAUUUUUUUUAAACAAAACUAUUAUGUUAAA